CCUCCGCCGCCGCCGCACCUGCCGCGCUCUCUCGCUCUCUCUCUCUCUCUGAGCGUCUCUCUUCCAGCUGCAGAACCGCUGCCUGCCUGCCUGGAGGAUGGAGGCUGCUGCUGGACUUCCCUUGGCUGCUUCGCCGGCGGGGCGCUCUCCGGAGCCGAUGCCGGGCUACUCGGCGCUGGCGGGGCUGUGCUGGGGCAGCUUGUCGGGGGCGGCGCGGGAGUGCUCGUCCAGCGGCGCGGGAGGGGGCUGCGGGUGGGAGCGCGCCCUCCACUCCUGGCACCACUACGCCCAGCCCGCCGCCAAGGAGGCCCUCCUCUGCCUCCUCGGCGCCCUCGCCCUCACCCUCGCCCGCCGCGCCGCCGCACACACGCUCCUCCGGCCUUUUGCCGAAUGGUGCCAGCUGCCCCCCAAAGAUGCGGCCAAGAUGCCCGAGAGCGCAUGGAAACUGGCCUUCUACACCCUCUCCUGGUCCUACAGCGCCUACCUGCUCUUCUUUGCUGGGUACCCCUUCUUCCACGACCCCCCGUCGGCCUUCGUUGAUUCAGAGUUGGGCACAGAGGUGCCGACGGACAUCGCCAUCGCCUACCUGUUGCAGUGCAGCUUCUACGUCCACUCGCUCUACUCCACACUCUACAUGGACGUCUGGCGCAAGGACUCAGUUGUGAUGCUCGUCCACCAUGUGGUCACCCUCUUGCUGCUGGCCUUCUCCUACAUUUUCAGGUACCACAGAGUGGGGAUCCUGGUCCUUUUCCUUCACGACAUCAGUGAUGUCCAGCUGGAGUUUACCAAGCUGAAUGUCUACUUCAAGUACCGUGGCGGAGUCUACCACCGGCUGAACGAUGUGAUCUCCAAUGCCGGCUGCCUCUCCUUUGGCAUCAGCUGGUUCUGGUUUCGUCUCUAUUGGUUCCCACUCAAGGUGCUCUAUGCCAGCUGCCACACCUGCCUCCAAACCAUGGUCUUCGUCCCCUAUUACUUCUUCUUCAAUGGCCUGCUUUUCCUCCUCACUUUGAUGAACCUCUACUGGUUCCUGUACAUUGCCUUCUUCCUGGCGAAGGUUCUGCUGGGACAGGUCCGGGAGGUGGACGACGUACGCGAAUACGACACAGUGGACGGCAGGAAAUGGGGCUUGAAGGAGGGCCAUCAUUUGAAAAAUGGGCUGGUGAAGGACAAGCGGCUAUAGGCACGGAACCCAAGAAUAUUCCCCUGCAGGGGCAGAGUCAAGAAUCCCCUUGGCUCCGCCCACAAGGCCCUGAUUGGUUGGAAAGAACCAGGAAGUGGAGCCGAGGGAAAAGCACAUGUUCUGUUUCAGCCGGGAAGGACCCUCCUGUCCACUUUGCCCUGCUGCACUUUAUUGAGAUAGGGAUCUAUAUUUUUUUGUUUUGCUCAAUUCAGUCGUGUUUUGUCUCAGGAGAUAUAUAGCUAUAUGUCAGGCAUGGGCCAGCUUGGGCCCUCCAGGUGUUUUGGACUUCA